AUGGCGCCGAUCCCAACCCCGGCCGGCUUUGCCCAGGGCUUUCUCUCCAACCCCGUACGCUCCCUGUGGAACUGCGAGAUCGAAAACCUUUUCGCCGCCGUGACGACCAACCCCAAAGCGCCCAUGUCAUCCACCGUCUACGCGUAUUGCGUGCUGACGGUCCAAGCAUUCCUCGAACGCGGGGCCGCCGCCGCCGACGAUGCCUUGGAGGAACUCGCCACAGCCCGGGCGUAUAUCGGCCUGUACAAGAGACGCCAGAAGUGGCGCCGGGGUGGCUGCGAAGCCGGCGUGGAUUACGAUGCCGUGGUGCGGGUCUUUGGUACCAACGCGACUACGAGGGCUCCUUCUGUUCGGUAUAUAUUUGAGUGCCGCCGACAUGCGCAUGUCAUCGCUGCUGGAUUCGCGUCAGCACGAGCUGGUCCUGUUAUUCUCGCACCUCAUGACGAAUGUCCUUCGCCUUGGGCCAACGGCUUCGCCUGCUUCAAACGCAGGAACUUGGAUCGGUACCAUGACAACACUGAUGGUAGUUGCGACGGCGCGGCGCGGGCUGCCAAGAGGAUCCGUGUCAAAACGGCACGGAUUGGGCUCGCGGGCUGGAGUACCAUGGCCCAAACAGCCGCUGCCGAGUUUCAUCUGGAGAUGGCAUACGAUAACUUUGGUUAUGGCUUUCAGGGAGACCCCCAGCCUACGCUUGCGAGCCUUUCAGAGGCGGACGUGGGUACCCAUGACGAGCGAGAGAAAGGUGCCAGACUGGCAGAGGCAGGAGGAAAGGAGGGAAACUGGGAGGAUGAAUGCGAGUUGGCACUGUUGAUGGGAGACGAGAAAGAUUUCGAUCCGGAGCAACUUGAAGAGGGACCGAGACGCCUUGGAUCUGUGAGGCGUCUUCAGAAAAGAGGGGCAAGUGCAAUCCGAGGCAGGCAGUCUGGGCGUCGGCCAAUGAUGAACAGCAAAGCCGCCACGCACUCUGACUGGCGGCGCCUCCACGGCAGCCACAGGGCUCGGAGGGCGAAUGCUGCUGCGACACCGAGCGAAAGGAUACCGAUCACCGGCAAGUCGGCCUUUUCCUUUUCGGACCCAGAGUACGAGCCAAGUGGAGCUCCGGUCCGGACGUGA